AUGUCCAGUGAAAUAGCUGAAAAGUGUCAACAAGACCACAUCAUUGUGACAUAUGACUUAGCUAUUAUGGCAAUGCAAAUUCAAGAAAAUGAAAAACCAAAAUUUGAUAAUAUUUUUGUAAACUUGGGCGCGUUUCAUAUGCAGAUUGCUUUUUUUAAAGCUGUUGGAAAAUACGUAGAUUCUUGUGGAUUAGUAGAGGCUUUAGUGCAAGCAGAAGUAUUGGCUAGUGGUUCGAUGAAUAGCUUUUUGGAAAGUAAACAUUUUAAUCGCUGUAAGCGUUUACAUCCUUUAACUGCUGCAGCAUUACAAAAGUUACAUUUCGAAAAAUAUUUAUCUACAUCAAAUGUGUCACUCGAGAUGCUAGAUGACUUAUUAAGAACGGUAAUAGUAAAUGCACCCACAUUUAAUCUAAAUGAUCCUAUUGAAUUACCUGACACAUUAAAUCGCAUAAUUAAUGGGUAUCAAGAAUUUAGCCAGCAAACUUUAAAAGGUGAAAAAGAGAAAACAGCUCAGUAUUACUAUCAGUAUUGCGAAUUUAUUCAACGAUUUUCAAGAAGCAUACGGACAAGUAAUUUUGAAUUAUAUAUUGAUUUUAUCUUUAAUAUAAUUGAUUUAUUUUUUGGAUUAAACCAGCCGAAUUAUGCCAGAUGGAGUUUGUUGUAUUUAAGUAAUUUGAUUCGACAGCAUACAGCAAAUUCAUCUUUGAUUGCAGAAUUUCAUCGAGGUGCAUUUGGCAUCCGUCGUACACAAGCUAAUUUUUCGAGAUCACCAGUUGACUUAACGUUAGAACAAACUAUUAAUGCUGAUGCUAAUAAUGAAUUGACGAAUAAUCUUGCUGUUGAAUCAAUAUCAGCACGACAAAGAUGGGCGCUUAGUCAUAGUAUGAGGACAAAAAUACUAACUGCUGUUAAGGAGAAUAUUGGAUUGUCUAAAAAAGAUGAUACUUCACAUUCGUUACAGAAAAGCAAAAUUAACAAGGACAACAAAAAUCUGCAAAGUAUCAUUCAAGCUAUCAAGAAUACAAUGAAUCCAUUUGACGAUAAUGUUGAUAAAAAUAUUUUAUUUAAUAUUUCGACGGACAAAGCUGCUUCUGAAAAUGUUGCUAAAUUCCUACUCAACAUUAAAACGGAAGGUCAUGAACAAAAAUUAAAUUUCAUAUCAGAAUGCAACUCAGAUUCUAGUAGUUUUGAAAAACCCAUAAAAAGAAAUAACAUUUUAAAUUUUGCUUCUGAGUUCGCCACGAAGGUUUUGAUGAAUAAAAAUAAAACUAAGACGGUAAUAUUAAAGAUGGAACGAGAUAUCUUCGGGCGAUUGUUAGCUGUUAGUAUAAAAAAAAAUAAAUAUAGAUCAUUGCUUAACUUUUCCUUUAGCACCGAUGCCACCUGCUCUUUUUUCAUGUGA